CGCAUUCGUUGCCAUUGAUUGUGUUCUUAAAAUGCGGCUAUAUCAAAUUUUUGGCGUUCUGCUGCUGGCCUAUGUGGCUAUGGCUCUACCAUCCGAUGCUGGACGCUCCAGCACUGUGACUACGGUUUCCAUUGUCAAACAAUUCGGCUAUCCCAUAGAGGAGCAUGUCGUUCAGACUUCCGAUGGCUAUAUUCUUACCAUGCAUCGCAUACCAUAUUCCAAGCAAACGGGCAACGAUGGCUCUAAGCGUCCUGUCAUAUUCCUCAUGCACGGCUUGCUCUGCUCCUCUUCUGAUUGGGUCCUGAGUGGCCCAGAAAAUGGAUUAGCCUUCCUGCUGUCUGACGCUGGAUACGAUGUUUGGAUGGGUAAUGCACGUGGCAACACAUAUUCGAGAAAACAUGCCAGCAAAUCGCCACUGCUGUCACCCUUCUGGGACUUUGAAUGGCAUGACAUUGGUAUUUACGAUCUACCCGCUAUGAUUGACAAUGUUCUCUACCAAACGGGAGAGGAAAGCUUGCAGUAUGUCGGACAUUCUCAGGGAACAACUUCGUUCUUCGUUUUGAACACGAUGAUUCCUCGCUUUAAGAACCGCAUACGCUCUGCUCAUUUGUUGGCCCCUGUUGUCUGGAUGGAUCACAUGGAGAGUCCUUUGGCCAAGGUGGGAGGACCACUAUUAGGUCAGCCGAAUGCAUUUAUCGAACUCUUCGGCAAUGCAGAAUUUUUGCCAAACACUUACGCCAUGCAGCUGAUGGGUAGUCUUAUGUGCAGAGAUUCAUCAGCUGUUCAGGCUUUAUGCUCAAAUGCGCUGUUCUUAAUGGGAGGUUGGGACUCACCGUAUCUGAAUGCCACCAUGAUCCCUGAUAUUAUGGCCACAACUCCGGCGGGCUGUUCGAUCAAUCAGAUCUAUCACUAUCUACAGGAAUACAACUCGGGCUUCUUCCGUCAGUUUGACUACGGCAGCACUCGCAACAAAAAGAAGUAUAGCAUUAAGACUCCACCAACCUACGAUGUGGAGGCUGUCGAUGUGCCCAUCUAUUUGUACUACAGCGACAAUGAUUACUUUGCCAGUUUGAUCGAUGUGGACCGCCUACGUUACACUUUAAAUCCAAGCAUUCUGAAGCGUGCAUAUCGCUUGCCGGAGGAAAAGUGGAAUCAUCUGGACUUCUUGUGGGGAAUGGGUAUCAAGGAAAUACUUUAUGAUUUGGUGAUGGAAGAUAUUGCCAAUGCAUAAAUAAAAAGAAGGCACGUGUGAUAUUAUUUGCACACUCUAAUCAACCAGUCGUAAA